ACGGUGGAAGGAUACUGGAGUAGAACUACAUAAUGCAGCAUACCAGCCACACCCACUCUGUUGGUCUGCUGCAGCGUGGGGUGAGAAGCACACUUUGAGUGGACCGGACAGGUCAGGACGGAUCUGAAGGGGACUUCCACACCAUGCUGCCUUCUUCCAGCUUUCAUUUCACACGCAGAAAGUUUCCCCCCGGCACGAGCAUUUAGACACUCCGCGUGGAUUUUAUUGGAAUACUUUCCAUUUUCUUCAGUGAUUUUUUUUUUUUUUCUUUCUCCACGGCUUUUGGAUCAAACAUGUUGACCAGUUUCUCCCAGUCGCCGGACUGGCUGAGCUCCGAGCCCUUCAUGUUUGAGGACGUGCAAAACUUGAUGAAGGAGCUGGACUACCUUCCGACGCCCCCCCAGUCCCCCCCCAUGAAGGCCGGCCAGGGGGCCGGGAAGCCGCUGUCCAAGGAGGACCAGCUGAGCUAUGUGUCGGACAUCCUGCUGGAGGACCAGGACCUCCAGCUCCUCAACUGGACCUGCGACUUCUUCAACUCGGACUCUGCAGAGAAGGAGGGCGACUCCUGCCUGCCGUGCUCCCCCCUGGACGAGGCCACCGAGGACACCCUGUGGCAGUGCCUGUCUGACAGGAACCUGGAGGAGAAGCUGGUUUCGACGGUGCUGGGCUCCAGCCCGCUGCUCUCAGACAUAGACACCAGCAUCUUUGAGGACAUUGUGGGCUCCACUCUGAACUGCCAGGACCUGAUCGGCGCUCAGGAGCAGCAGAGCGAGGCCACCUCAGACUAUGGGUCCGCCGGCGGGGAGAUGUCCAUGUCUUCAUCCAGUGAUUCUGAAGAAGAAAUCGACGUUGUGUCUGUGGGGUCCUCCAGCCCGUCCCCUCUGCCCGAGCCCUCCGCCCGCAAGCUGAACCCGGAGGAGGAGCAGCGAGCCAUCCAGCUGCAGCACAACUACGCCGCCCCCUGCCCGGCGUCGCCGCCGCCCUCAUCGACGUACUCCCACAAGCGUUCCAGAGGGAGCGACGGUUCCUCUCGCUUCCACCACGCCACCCGCAGCUUCACCUCGCACUCCUCCCUGUCGCGGUACCACUGCUCCUCCAGGAGCUCGACUGAGACGGAGGACGAGGAGGAGCGGCGGCGAACCCACAACGUGAUGGAGCGGCAGAGGCGCAACGAGCUGAAGAACUGCUUCAUGCGGCUGCGGGACAACGUGCCCGAGCUGUCGCACAACGACAAGGCGUCCAAGGUGGUGAUCCUGAAGAAGGCCAGGGACUGCAUCUGCGGCCUGGAGAGCGAGAGCCACAGGCUGCGAGCCAGGAAGGACAAGCUGAGAGCGAGGCAGGAGGAGCUGAAAGCCCGGCUGGCGCAGCUGCGGCGGUAAUGGACCACCAGGGGGGGCGGGGACUAUAGACUGAAGCCCCACCAGCCUCUGGAGCACAGACACUCAGAACACACUCGUUGCCUCAGAAGCCAUCCUUUAUGCCUGGACUGCUGACUGUUGGAAGCCCAAACUUCCCGAUCGAUCCGGUUUUCCCAAUAAACUUGAAAUGGUUCUUUCAGGACGUCUUCCAUUGCUGGAGGUGUCCAGCUCAGCCGGGACGUGGACUGAACAUGUGGUUCAGAUGGACUAGGUCCUAAUUCCUGAUGGUUCUGAUGAUCCACAUAGUUCUCAUUAACUGAUUUUAAAGCGUUUGCAUCAGCAGAACCAUCAGGCUUAAACUUCUACAAAGAUCAGAACUGAGAUCAGCUGUAGAUUCUGGAGACGUUCCUUUACUGACAGGAAUGGUUCUGGUUCAGUUUGUCACGUUUCCUUUUUUAAUAUUUCAAACCAGUUGCCUUCUUUGUGUCGUUGUGGUUCGGUUCUGCAGAAGGCAGGGAUUCUUUUCUUUCUACAUAAACGUUCACAAACCUACCUCCACCUGGCUGCAGUCUUUUUCUGUUGUACAUUUGUAAAUGUUUAUUGUAUAAUAAAUUAUUUUGGUAGUUUUUUUUUUGUUUGUUUGCUAUGGAAUUUGGAAAUGAAGCACCUUUUUAAAAAAAAAAAAA